CGGAGUCACCCGCGCUGUGCCACCGACCGGAAGGGACACGGGCAGCUCUCGAAACUCCGGAGGCGCAGACCGUCCACGCGGGGCAGGAGAAGUUCCGGCCGUCCCCCGCCGCCCACCCGGACGCCCACGAAAGCCCGCGAGCGCCACAGGCUCAGGUCGCCGGAACUGGGGUCCCGACCACUGGACGCGUUUCCCGCUUCGCCCUCCUCUGCGCGGGCGGGGAGGGAGACGCCGGCCCAGGCUGCAGUUUGUACCUCAGAAACGGAAACAAAACACCGCCUUCUGUGUCCUUCUUCCUUAGGGAAAAACGCCGCCUAGGACUCGGCCUGGGACCCCGACCACGACCCCCGACCCGCCCGGGCUGGAGGGGACGGGCCCUGCCACGGCCUCGGCUCCGCCCCGCGGGCCGGCGGACCACAGAGGGGCGGCCUUUGCGGCUUUCCUAGAGCGGCCCGGAAGUGUCUCUAGGAGCGCUUCCGGGAACUAGGCCCUCUUUCGGCUGCGUCGGCUGGGCUCGCUGGCGCCAGGUGCGAGAGGCGGCUCGGGCCGCGGGGCGCGGGGUGGGGUCGGGUGGAGGCUCCGUCCCCGGGCUAGGGGUGGGGGCCUGGGAAAGGCUGCUUCGCCGCCCUGUCCGGAGAGCUCUCGAUCCUGGGGCCUUUUCCGCGGAGGAGCGCCCGCGGAUAGGUUGGCCCCAAGCGUGGGGCGGCGGGGGCCGAGCGCCAAGCUUGACCGUGCACCGAGGCCACCGCGCCCCCAUCAGCGCCGCGGGCAUCUGCAUCUGGGACCGACCUCCUGGGCUGGCUGAUCAAGGAGGAAGCAGCAGCAAUGUCUGCUGUGGGGGCUGCAGCUCCUUUCCUGCAUCAUCCUGGUGACAGUCACAGUGGCCGAGUGAGUUUCUUGGGGGCCCAGCUUCCUCCAGAGGUGACAGCCAUGGCCCGGCUACUAGGGGGCCUAGACAGGAGCACGUUCAGGAAGUUGCUGAAGCUUGUGGUCAGCAGCCUGCAGGGGGAGGACUGCCGAGAGGCUGCGCAGCGUGUCGGGGUUAGCGCCGAGCUGCGGGAGGAGCGGCUGGGUGUCCUGCUGGCAGGAAUGCACACGCUGCUCCAGCAAGCCCUCCGUCUGCCCCCUACCAGCCUGAAGCCCGAUACCUUCAGGGACCAGCUCCAGGAGCUCUGCAUCCCCCAAGACCUGGUUGGGGACUUGGCCAGUGUGGUAUUUGGGAGCCAGCGGCCCCUCCUUGAUUCUGUGGCCCAACAGCAGGGGGCCUGGUUGCCCCAUGUUGCUGACUUUCGGUGGCGGGUGGAUGUGGCAAUCUCCACCAGUGCCCUGGCUCGCUCCCUGCAGCCGAGCGUCCUGAUGCAGCUGAAGCUGUCAGAUGGGUCAGCAUACCGCUUCGAGGCCACCACAGCCAAGUUCCAGGAGCUGCGGUACAGCGUGGCCCUGGUCCUAAAGGAGAUGGCAGAUCUGGAGAAGAGGUGUGAGCGCAGACUGCAGGACUGAGCCCUCGUUUGACUGGUCCCAUUCAGGUCGGGCUUGGACAGGCACCUCAGAAGGUGCCAAAGUGCAGCUGACUCUUUCCAGGACAGCCCUGCCCUUCCCACGAGGCAGGCUCUUCAGUGAUUAUGUAAUUUUCUGUGUAAUUAAAAAAGAGAGCUAUGCCUUUUUUUUCUUUUUCGGAAGUAAAGUGGCUAUAAACAACAUGUUUCUCUAGGUGGGUGUUAAACCUCAUACCCUCCUCUUCCCUUAUAUAUGUCUUUGCUGCUGGGUGUGGCCAUGCGUGGCCAGGUUGAAGCCCUUCAAAGACACCAUACAGUUGUGGGGCUGAAGGGAGGGGAAACGUUAUAAAAUAAACAAUAAAAAUUAACUGUAA